UGACGCGCAGUGCCUCAGCAGACAGUGUCGGGGGUGUACGGCGCUCUUCCCUCUUCCCGACGUUCUGCGGGAGAAAUCUAUAUUUUUAUAUUCGAUAUUUAAUUAUAAAGUUCGUGUUCUGUGAGUUGUUAAGGUGCUUUAAAGCUGUGUUAUUUGAGCGACAUAGAGCAAGGUGUAUUACACAAUAGGGGUAAACUUCGACAUUUAAGAAUCUGUAAACUAGUAUGUUUACAUGAAUGCACACGUGUAGUUUGAUAAUUAUGCACCUUGCAAAUAGAAAAUAAUGAAACUAAAUUUUCACAGCUCAUACUGCACAAGUGUGUGAGCAGUUCAUCAUGUAUGAGACAAGUGUACAAAAUAGAACACACCUUCGUGGUGCCACUUGAAGGUAAACUUGUUCUAGAUGUACGCACUUUACUAGAGAUAAUUAUCAAGUGGUUGGACGAGCGAGGUGGUCCUCGAGCCGUAGUGAGGGAGCAGACUGGAGGAGCGGGUCAUGAAGGAACUCCAGCAGGUGUUGGGAGGACUCUUGAUGGUGUUAGGUCGCUGCUUGACGCAACAGGUGUCGCACCCUCCUCAUGCCUACGGCCAGCAGACGGAGGUGGAGGCCCUGGAGGGGGAUCGGGCGUUCCUACCAUGUGACAUGGACGUUCCUACGCCGGGCGAGAAGGUCGCACGUGUUAGCUUUUGGCACGCGAGUCAACACUCCAGCAUAAUAUACAGGGUCGACGUGGAGGGGAAGCCCUUCGCCAAGGCCUCCCACUGGGCCCCCAACAGCUAUUCCACGAGGGCGGUCCUGGAGGAGCAGGGUCUCGUCCUCGAUGACGUGUCCCACAAGGACGAGGGCGAGUACAGGUGCCAGGUGCAGUUCUACGAGGCUCCGUCCAGGGUGUCAAGGAUCACGCUGACUGUGGUGGAUCCCGCGAUAAGCUUGGCGAUAGAGGGCGGUGGUGUGGUGGGCCGUGCCGGCGUCCCUCGGGAGGUGGAGAUGACAGUGUCCGGCAGCAAGCCUCCGUUCGCCGUCUCCUGCCUGCUCGACGGUGUGACUUACACCCCCAAGCAGCGGGAGGUAAACAAGUUUAUUCUCAAGUGGACGCCCUCAGCCAGCCAGCACGGAGCCAACCUCUUCUGUGAUGCAAACAGGACAGCAUUGCCAGGCACAGCCUCUGUAUCCACCAAGCUCUCUGUGCUCUACCAGCCGGUGGUGGAGGUCCGUCCUGGCAUCAACCAGAACCUGGAGAACGUGCAGGAGGGCGACGACGUCAACCUCAUAUGUGUGGUCGAGGCCAACCCUGCCAGCGCCGACGUCACGUGGAUGCAUGAUGGGAAGAUCGUGCUCGAGGAGUCCACCACCAACGUCCUGGAGCUGGAGACCGUCGCUCACUCGUCCUCUGGGAACUACAGCUGCCGCGCCUCCAACAGUGAGGGAACAACCACCUCUGAAAGCCUUCCUCUUCAGGUUAAGUACACCCCAAUGUGUGUCGCGAGCCAGAAGGUGGUGACUGUGUCUCGGUCGGCCUUCCUGUUAGGAGAGGUCACCUGCCCUGUAGAGGCAUAUCCCCCUUCAGACUCCUUCAGAUGGGCGAUGGUCACACUGACGGGGAAGAAGAAAGUGAACCCGAGCCGCUACCGUAGCAGCGGUCGAGUGCUGGAGUUCAUCUCGCUGAAACACACGGCAUUGCAACUACACUGUUGGGGCAGAAACGAGAUGGGCGAGCAGGAGUACCCAUGUGUGUUUAAUAUUCCUUCACCCAAGCCAGAGGCGGUAUCUGAGUGUAACGUCACGACCACCAGGAUGACUGACACACCUCAAGUGUCUAUAGUGGUCAGCUGUGUCUAUGGGUUGUCCAGGCAUCUCCUACACACCUUCACCUUGAAACUUCUUCACCCAGAUGGUAAAUGGGAGCAGUUUGAAAACAAGGAACCUGUCUUUACCAUAUACAGGUUAAGGGAAGAUGUGCAGUACCAGAUCGAGGUGACAGCAACCAACGCUCAUGGAACUGGCGAAUCUUACGUCUUCAACUUCACCCUUCACAGCAGCAAUAAUUCAUUUUCACCAUCGGAACCGACGACACUGCCUGCAAUCCUUCUGCCACUACCACUGCCUUCAUCCUCACCAUCAUCCUCCCUGCCACCACCACUGUCAUCAUCCUCCCUGCCACCACCACUGUCAUCAUCCUCACCAUCAUCCCCACUGCCUGCAUCACUACCAUCACCACUUCCUUCAUCAUUUUCACCUUUUCUGGUUUUGUACAUUCUGAUUUCUGUGGUACUCGUAAUGGGCAUUUUGGUAGUGGCAUUGCUGGUUAAGAAGCUGUGUUUCAGCAACCAGGCACGCAUGAAGCCAACAGUCAGUAAUGGUCACCCUCACCAUCACAUACAGGCUAAUGGAGGCACCGGUGUAGAGAUGUCGUCACUGCUCUAUAGUGCAUCACACCUGCACGUCUCCCCAGCACACAUCACCACAGCAGACUCAUUAGCAAACAAUGAUGAGAGAGACUUCCUGCUGUCAUUGUCCGGGGCUCCUCGUGCAUCUAUAGACUCCCUAGAUGCCUCGCUCGCCAGUGAAGCCUCUGACCUGGGUCAUACGGAGGAGGAGGCCAUCAGAGUCGUAGUUCCAGUAACGGAUUCUCUAUCUUCAGCAGUUACAGAGUAUUUUUCGUCACCAAUCAAAACCAUUGAAACUUCUUUAUAGAAGUUUUGCAACCAAAUUAAAAAUAUCUUUGGUAUCAAUUAAGAGCAUUACAGAAUAGUGUUAAACAAAAAUAUAUUUUUAACAUUCAUAUUUACUUGUUAUUGUAUAUAUAUGUCACAUUUUAAUGUAUAUAAAUUAUUGUACAUAU